AUGAGCAGCGCGGAGCCGCCGCUCGGGGUCGGGCCGCGGGCGCAGCCCGCCUGGAAGCGGGAGAUCCUGGAGCGGAAGCGAGCCAAGCUGGCCGGGGCGGCGGGCGGCGAGCCGGAGCCCCCGGCGGGGGAGCGGCUGGUGGUGGCGGAGAGCCUGGGCCCGCUCCGCGAGAACCCCUUCAUGCGGCUGGAGAGCGAGCGGCGGCGGCUGCGGCAGGGGCUGCCCGGGCACGGCCCCGGGGCGGCGCGGCCGCUGCAGCAGCUGCUGGAGCUGUACAGCGCCGUGCCCGGCAUCCGCACCAUCCGCGCCGACAACAUCCUCAUCAUCGAGUCCCAGCCCGACGCCGCCGCCUGCUUCGCCGAGGGGGACGCGCUGCCCGGCCGCCGCCGGGACCCGGCCGCCGCCACCGCCGGCUCCGACCCGCCGCGGCGCCCCGACCCGCUGCGGGAGCUGCUGGCCCGCCGGGGCGCCGCCCUCGCCGAGAUCCGCGCUGACCAGGUCGUCAUCUACGAGGCGGCCGAGCCCCCGGAGCCGCCCGAGGCGGCCGAGCCGGGCACCGUCAGCCGCCUCCUGGAGAAGUUCGGGCAGCGGCCGCGGGGCCGCCGACGCCGCGGCGGGGAGGCGCUGACCGGGCCCGGGCCUGGCGCCGGGCCGGGCGGGGCGGCUGCUCCUCCGCAGGUGGGACCGGGCUCCCCCCGCGCCGGGCCGGCUGCUCCUCCGGCGGUGCCGGGCUCCCCCCGCGCCGGGCCGCCCCCUCCGCAGGUGGGACCCGGCUCCCCCCGGGCCUCGGCCCCAAAGGCGGGACCGGGAUCUCCGCAGGCGGUGCCGGCCGCCCCCCAGCCGCUGCCGGCUCCCCCCCGGGCUGUCCCCCCUCCAGCGGUGCCGGCCGCCCCCCAGCUUGCUGUCCUGCAGCCGGUGCCCCCCCGGGCUCCCCCACCUCAGCCCGCGGCCCCUCAGCCGGUCCCGGCUCCCCCCCGGGCUGUCACCCCCCAGCCCGCGGCCCCCCAGGCAGCUUCGGCUCCCCCCCGGGCUGUCACCCCCCAGCCCAUGGCCCCUCAGCCGCCCGCGGCCCCUCAGCCGGUCCCGGCUCUCCCCCGGGCUGUCACCCCCCAGCCCGCAGCCCCCCAGGCAGCCCCACUUCCCCCCCGGGCCACAGCUCCCCAGGCACUCCCUGCUGCCCCCAAGGCCGCAGCCCCCCAGGCCAACUGCUUUCUCCACAAGAUCGGCUCCAACUCCUUCACCGUCACCCCCCGGGGGCUGCCCCCCGGCAGCCGUGUCCCCGAGCCCGGGGCUGUCCCCGCCGGCCGUCCCGCGCUGCCCAAGGGGCCGCCAGUGCCAUCCGCCAGCGCUUCCCAUGCCAGAGCCAACGCCAGGAGGCCAAAGCCGGAGGAGGCCGAAUCGACCGUGUCGCCCCUGCCCAGUGCCAGUCUGGCCCCCAGUGCCACCAGCUCCACCCAGCCGCUCUCCGCCUCUGCCCCCCGGGCCGGGGACUCCUUCGAAAUCCACCCGGCCCCCAAGCCCGACUUGGCUGCCAUUCCGGCCCACGACCUGCAGGCCCAGGCCCUGGCCAAGCUGCGCCUGAAUUCGCGCAAUUCCUUCCUCUUCGUGCCCCGCCGGGAGGGCGGCCCGACUCUGCCCCCAGCCCAGAGCGCCAGGCCGGGGCCGCCACCACCGUCCUCAGAGGAGGAGGCACCAAAGGAGCCCCCGAGGGCUUCCACCCCGGAGCAGGAAGAGCCUAUCGCUUCCCCACCGGCGCCUCUGGAUCCGUUGGUACCUGUGACUUACAUCGAUGACAUUGUGGAGCCGGAGAGUGGGGAGCUCUCCCCCAGGGCCAGCUCGGCCACGAGGACUGGGAGCGUGGUGGAUCAGCCUGGAGGAGCUGACCUGGAGAUGGAGUUUUCCUCCGUGCCCCUCUACAGACCACACUCUGCCCCCCACCAGAGGGGAGGCAGCACCUUCACUGUCGUGCCCAAAAGGAAGCCCGUUGCCUCGGGGCUGCAGACUCUCACUGAUGCUAGCGGAAGGCCACAGCGGGAGGAAGAGGAGGAGGAGGAGGAGAGCAAAGGAAAAGGCAAAGCCAUGGAGAACGCUGAUGGGCCCCAAACAGGGAUGUCCCAUAAAAAGCGCUACCCCACGGUGAACGAGAUCGAAGUGAUCGGGGGGUACCUGUCCCUGGAGAGGUCCUGCAUGAGCAAGACGGGCUCCCGCCGCAAGAAGAUGAAGAUCUCUUUCAAUGAGACAAGUUUGCAGACUAUGUUUGAAUACCCGUCAGAGAGCUCACUGGCAGAGGAAGAGGAGGAGGAGGAAGAGGAAGGACACACUUCUGAAACAGAGGACGACAAAUCUUGCACCUUUUACCUUCCACGCCCAAAUAGCACUUUGCAUCCCAAUACACCUAACUCAGCAGAUUUAUCCAGCUACACCCCAAAGCACUCUGUGAAGUUCAGUGAGUGGCAGGAGCAGAAACAUGAGGAGAUGCCUGCUGCAGAGGGACCCCUUCCAAAGGAAGCUGAUUCCCAUGGGAACCAAGUCAUGCUCACCCCAGCAGAAAAGGGCGGACUCUCCGAUUUCAGCAGCGAGCCUGCUCUGUAUUUUUGAUCGCUUCAUCUUCUAGCCUGCAGCAGCGGCUGCUGGACAAAACGCGUCAGUGCACCUUCCAAGUGUCCAUGCAAGCACCACGGAAAUAAGCUUCUGGGUCCCUCCGU